AUGGGUCACACAAAACCAAACGACUUCGUGACGGUGAAGACCUCACUCCCGACCUCUCCACUCCCCGCAAGCCAUGCAAGGUCCACAUUGACAACAGACCGAUUGCUCCUCCGGCCCGUUGCAGCAAGCGAUCUCGAGGCAAUGUAUGUCUUGCGUACCCAAGAAGAUGUCAUGAAAUGGACAUCGAGUGGCUGCAUCGACCCGAAUAUCGAGAUGACCAGAGACAAAUUGAACAAUUUCUUGCCACCCAAUGACACCAAGACAUUCAAUUACGCCAUUUGCCUCAAAGAGACGGGGGAAUUUAUCGGCAUGGGUGGAUGUCACCUCUUUCCUGCGGAACAUGGCUGGCCCGAGGUCGGGUACAUGCUUAGAAAGGAAUUCUGGGGCCAAGGCCUGGCAUCGGAGUUUUUGAAUGCCUGGCUGCGGGCAUGGAAAGAGCUGCCACGGUCAGAGCGGGAGUCCAAUGUUGCGAAGGAAAUGGUGAAUAGCGAGGGAUUGCUGCAGGAGCAUCUCAUUGCUAUCACGGAGGAGGCGAAUUCUGGGAGUCAAAGAGUUCUACUGAAGGCUGGGUUUGAGAAGUUCCGGGAGUUUGAUGAGGAGGACGUCUCACAACCUAAUGGGAUCAUAAAUCUCAUCGCUUUCCGCUACUUCCCAUCGAGAUAG